AUGAAGAACCUGAAGGGUAAUCAUGUGGUCGAGUAUAAGAUGUCGUGGAAGAGGGAUGGGAUUUCAUACAUAUUGAUGGAGUUGUGUGAAUGCAAUUUGAAUGUAUUGAUUGACUCCAUGAAAGGGCUGACCAAAUGUGGCGCCAAUGUAGAGCCCAACCAUUUCGAGUACUUCGUGUCGUUUAGUAUAUUCUAUGAGAUAGCACAGGGAGUCCAUUAUAUCCACUCACUUAAACCCCAUCCCAUUAUGCACCGGGACCUCAAGCCAUCCAAUAUUUUAAUGGACAGGAAUGGUGUAUUGAAGCUAGCAGAUUUUGGUCUGGCUAAAGUGAUAGAAGGGUCGGUGACACAUACGACGGGUGUCGGCACCGAUAUGUAUAGAGCGCCCGAAGUUGGCCAAAGUUCGCCUAAUCUUCACUACAAACAGUCGGCCGAUAUGUAUAGCCUGGAAGCAAAGGCCACUGAAUCUAAACGGAUUCAAAUGAACAUGAGUGCCGGUGAAUGUGAAUGGAGUGGAUUUGAUGGGGAAUUGAAAGCCAUUGUCGCACAAGCGGUCGAUUGGGACACAACACAAAUGACAGCAAAAGAGCUGGGAUUUGGUGAUUAUGGCACCGUUUACAAAGUGACCUCGGCUCAUAAUCAACAUGUUGCUCUUAAAGUGAUCCCGAUGCUAGAACAAUUGAUUGAAAAUAAGAAGAAAUAUCUCAGAGAGAUGUCAGUCAUGAAGAGACUCAACAACUAUGAUAUUGUGGUGAAGUAUAUCAAGUCGUGGUCGACACCGCACUUCACGUACAUAUUGAUGGAGUUGUGUGAAUGCGAUCUCAAUGUAUUGAUUAAGUCAAUGACAGACAUAUUUAAGAUUAAAGACAAUGUGGAGCCCAACCAGUUUGAGUACUUCGUGUCGUUCACUAUAUUCAAUGAUAUAGCACAGGGAGUCCAUUAUAUACAUAGUCAGGAUCCUCCGAUUAUGCACCGGGACCUUAAGCCAACUAAUAUACUAAUGACCAGUGAUGGCAAAUUGAAGCUAGCAGAUUUUGACCUGGCUAAAGUGUUGUCGGACACGAUCACUAAAUCCGGAAGAUCGAUUACUCACACGGCCGGUGUCGGUUCAGAGAAGUUUAUAGCACCUGAGGUGAGUCAUAGUAGUAAUAAUCAUCACUACAACGAGUUGUGCGAUAUGUUCAGUUUGGGUAUGAUUGGCGAGGUUGAGUGA